UUCCCAUUCAUUCCAAAACCUCUCCUCGAUCCAUCCCUCAAAUUCUUCUGCCUCUCCCCUUUCUUUCUUUUUUCUCUCACUACGGCGACGGGAAGGAGGCCAAUGGAAGCCCAUUCUUCUUCCGUCGGCCUUCUCCCUAUCACUUCAUUUUCUUCUCCCACUCCCUGGACUCGCCACCAGGAUGACCUUUUUGAGCGCGCUCUCGUUCUGGUCCCCGAUAAUUCUCCUGACCGUUGGAUCAAAAUCGCCGCUCUCGUUCCUGGUAAAUCAGCGGCCGACGUUAGAUAUCAUUAUGAUGUCUUGGUUUCUGACGUACUGAAUAUAGACUCCGGACGAGUUGAGUUGCCGAAUUAUGCCGAUGACUUGACGGCGGCGAGAUCGCCGGAAAGGGAGAAGUCGCCGCCGCAUCCGAUAUCGGAGAAAGCGUCGUCGUCUGAGAGGAAAAAGGGGAAACCCUGGACAAAAAAGGAACAUCAGUACGUUAGGCUAUUUUUAUUGGGGCUGAGGAAAUUUGGAAAGGGAGAUUGGAGAAGCAUUUCUAGAAACGCGGUGAUUACCAGAACUCCAACUCAAGUAGCUAGUCAUGCUCAAAAAUAUUUUCUCCGUCAAGAAUCAGCUAAAAAAGAUCGAAAAAGAUCAAGCAUUCAUGAUAUUACUACCGUAGAAGGCAAUUUAGUAAUGACGUCAACAACUGUUAUCAAUCAAAGUCAACCAAAUAUUUUUCCAGUGACUCAACCGCUAUCAUUGUCGUUUCCACUGCAUAUGCCACACCAGUUUGCAUCUUCAGGCUAUUUUCCUUAUCGAAGAGAAAAAACAAAACAUAGUGCCAAUUUGUCGAUUAGAAUCCCAAUUUUAUUAUGUAUGGGUGUAAGAAGUGGACAAAAAAAUGGGCCACAAAUCUUCCUCCAAAUCGCUCGACACAACAAAAAAUGAGUAGACAAGACACGUAGUCCAUUUCUUUUUCCUUUGUUUCUCAGAGCUAAGGAAAAUUCAAAACGGGUAUCGUAAUUGGAAUAAAUUUGAAAUUUACAAAAAAAAGAGAGAGUAAAGAGUGAACGGUAAUUAAGGGGGAGA